GACCAUGCGCGGUCGCCAUAUUACGGAGCACCCCUCCCCUUCAGUCCCGUCACAGCACAGAGCCACAGCAGCGGUGCAGGAGGCUACAUAUACUGAACAACGCUACCGCUGGGGAGGACCAGUGAUACAGCAAAACCAAGACCUAAACGAGGAUUCAGUGGAAUGGAUUAAACAUUUGUACGCCGCUAUUAAGUGAUCGUAGUUGGCUUUACAUCGCUGUGCACCGGAUGAAAGGUUGCUUGUUUACAUUUUCUUUGCUUUGAACAAAUUCAGCAGCUAAAACGACUUGCUAUAGUCUGUGUUUAGCUAGCCGGGGAUGGAGACAGGCGGCUAGCUAGCGGACGUUACUCCUCUGUCAGGCUAGCAUCUAAUAUAAGGCUAACUUACUUAGCAGCUGUUGUGAUUUUAGUACGAGUGGCCAUUGCAGCAUAUUUUCUCAUUAUAAAACCCACAACAUGUUAGAUUGUGCUUAACAAAGGCACAAACGGAUAACACUGGCGGUUAUCCGGUGAAUUAAAACUGGCAUCAGCUGACGUUAGCUCGCUAGCUACUCAGCAAGCGGCCACUAGCCUCUUUUGCCUCGCUACCUGUCACCGGAGAACACUGAGUCGUGUAUGAGAGGCUGUAAAUUACAUAUUGGCACAACUUUGCCUGAUAUUGGAGAACAGCCGAACUUGGUUUAAAUAUUUAUUUUUUGAUCGUGUUAUCUGUUGAUCGUAUUUUAGUCAAAACGGCGCCGUUAACGAACUGCAACCUUAUUGCAUACUGUCAGAGACCAACUUCCACCCGGAUUCUCUCGAAAUGCAUCAUCCGGACCCUGCAGGAGACUCUGGCAGUGUUAGAAAGAUGGCGCACCCGGCUGUCUUUCACAGAAAGGGUAGCAACACAGUCAGCGGGAGCGGCUCCACGCUGUCAACACCGGCAAACCCGGUGGUCAAUAACAGCCACGUCCCAGCCGAUGAUUAUCAACCCUCCCUGUUGAUUCAGUGCCAACCUCCUGCUGGUUCAUCCUCCCCUGGUCCUCAUCAUAUUCCACCCCACAGCCUGAAUCUGCAUUCCCAGCCCCAGCCCACGCAGUCGACUGGAGCUCAGAUAAAAAAGAAGAGUGGUUUCCAGAUCACAAGUGUGACUCCAGCACAAAUAUCUGUGAGUACCAACAACAGUAUUGCAGAGGACACAGAAAGCUAUGAUGACCUGGAUGAGUCCCACACAGAGGAUCUCUCAUCUUCUGAAAUCCUGGAUGUGUCCCUCUCCCGAGCUAAUGACAUAGGUGGAGCGGAGAGAAGCUCUUCGGAGGAGACGCUGAAUCAUUUCCAUGAGGCAGAGACCCCUGGAGCUGUCUCCCCCAACCAGCCUUCACACCCCCAUGCCCUGAACCAGGCUCAACAGCAUGGUGGGGCCAUGGUGAACGGGACUGUGCACCAUCAACACCCUCAUCAUCCUAACCAUGCCCAGGUCUACCCUCUGACCUCUGGGCCUGGGAGCACCCAAUCUGCCCUCACUUCUGGAGCUUUACCUUGUGUCACCCAGAAAAUGCCUUCUAACGUGGGGGUCCCUCAAGAGAAUGUUUCCCAGGCUGCCCCUCUAAGUAUUGUUGCUCAGCCUGUCGGGGUUGUGACCCCAGGAUCUGUCUCUGGAAUGCACAGUUCUGCUACAGGCACUACAGUUAGCAUAGUUAAUCCCCAGACCAGCACUGUUAGUAAUGUGAAUAUGUUGAGCUCUGCCAACGUGCCUGUGAGAGGGGGGAUCAGCAUGAGUGCUAGCAGUGGUGGCUUUCCUCUCAGUGUGAUAAGUGGCAGUGGGGGGAGCGGAGGUGGUGCUGUUGCAGCUGGGGGUAACCCUAUAACCACCACUAAUGUCAGCAUGAUCCAGCAACAACAAAAAAUCCACUCCAACAUCACUAUGACUACUACGACUACAGUUGCUGCUGUCCGUGCCUCUGGAGGGAUUGGACUCUCCAGUGGGAUCCAGGGAAGAGUUGGAUCUGCUGUGCUGCAGCCUGUGAGUGCCCCUGUCACAGCUGUGGCCACAGCCCCUGUACCAACCCCUCCUGCCCAGCCUGCCCCAGCUGCAGCCCCUGCAGUGGCUACCACCAGUUCUCGCUUCAGGGUGGUGAAGCUGGACUCUAGCUCUGAACCCUUUAAGAAGGGCAGAUGGACAUGCACUGAAUUCUAUGACAAGGAGACCCCAGCCUCUGCUCCCAGCUCCUCUGCAUCUGAUACCGGGUCUCUCGGCAUGCGUCAGUUUGUCUCUGAGAGCUUUGCUGGGGCCUCAGAGAGGGAAAGCACAAGUGGUAGUUCUGUGAGUAGCGCUAUGAGUACAUUGAGCCAUUAUACUGAGAGUGUGUGCAGUGGAGAGGCAGGGGGACCCCCAGUACACCAGCAUACCCAGGAUUAUGCGUCCCCUCCUCAGGGCUUUCAAGGAAUCCUCCCCAGUGGCUUAAGCAUGGGAGUGCCCCAACCUCACUUGCACCCCCAGGAUAUUACCCAUUCACAUGUGAAGACUACUGUGGCCCCCUCGGCCCCUACUAACAUUCAUCAGCCUGCUCCCAUGCAAGGCCGCCAGACCGCCAGUGGGCUCCCUACAUCGGCUCAGCAGCUCACUUAUGCCCAGGCAGUUGCUAAUCAAUCCUCAGGCUCCACACAUGGCCUUGUGGGUGUUCAGCAGCAGCAGCAGCAGCAGCAGGUAGGCUAUGCUACCCUGCCACAGCAACCACCUGCUACCACCCAAGCAGCUCCAGUGCAGGUGAGGGCACCUGAAUACACCCAUCCACACCAAGGUAUCCCCCAGGCUGCUGCUUCUCAACCUCUGUCAAACCAAUCUGGAUCAGCACUCCUUCACACACAGCCCCAGCAGUCCUCGUCCCUUCAGGCCACCACCUCCAGUAUGACCCCUCAUGUUGGAGUACCAGGUCUUGGCCAGCAGCCUCAGAACCACCCAGGCCAUCUGGAUUGCCAGCAGCAGACGCCACAGUCACUCCCAACACAAAUCCAAAACCAGGGCCUGGGCACCCAGCUGCCCACAACAGUCCACCAGAGCCAAGUGUCUGCAUCAAGUGUGCCUCCUCCCAACCCUCAGAGCACUCCCCAGGCCCAGCCCCAGCCCCAAGCCCACAACACUGGGAAUAGUGGUAGGAUGCCCCCACAGGGUGUUUCACAGAGCCAACUGUCUAUUGUCAGCUCUUCCCAGGACCACAGCAGUGCCCAGGCCCUGGCUCAUGCUGCCCAGGCCAGUGCCCUCUAUGCUAGUCUGCCCACCUUCACCACCACUCAGCUGCAGGAUGCCCAGCGGCUGCUCCUCCAGCACCAGUCUGCUUUGUUGGGGCUGCCCAAGCUGUCCGGAGGGGAGGCUGGAUCUGGAUCCAGCACUGGCCAGGGUCAUGACGCUGAGGGCAUCGCCGCUACCGCCAGUGCCUUAACUGCAUCAGCUGGUCUCAAAACUGUGGAUGGAGAGGAGGAUGGUUCGUCAGGAGCCAGCGUUGUGGCCAUAGACAACAAGAUUGAACAAGCAAUGGACCUGGUGAAGAGUCACCUGAUGUAUGCCGUGCGUGAGGAGGUGGAGGUCCUAAAGGAGCAGAUCAAGGAGCUGAUUGACCGUAACUCUCAGUUGGAGCAGGAGAACACCCUGUUGAAGACACUGGCCAGCCCAGAGCAGAUGGCCCAGUUCCAGGCCCAGGUUCAGACCGGCUCCCCGCCUGCCCCUUCAACAUCUGCCACACCGGGACCCCCAAGCACCGCUGCACUUGCUCAGCCUCCCUCGCACAUCGCUGGCCCGUCGGCGUAGCCUGAUCUGCACUGACUGACUGACUUACUGACCAUUUUUCAGUUCUGCUACAGCAGCAGAGCUAAACAUUGCCUUCUACAGCAGGAGGUUACGCUGUUAAGACAAGAAUUUGCACAUAUUUAUCUCUCAGAAGGAUGCAGCCAGCGGGACGUGCGGUGCUAUACAGCAUGGCGGUGGAGGGGGGCGAUCUUGAGAUGCUUUGUGGGGGGUUGGUUUCAGAGAAGAGAAUUGAAUCAUCGAACAUUUGCCAAAUAACCCUUGGACAUAUCAACUAGAAUGUCUUACCAAGAAGAAACAAAACAGCUUAUCAGUGGCGACAAUAUACUUAGCUAUAGAUUAAAAAAAACACUGUGCCUGUGUCUGGAUUUUAGGUGAUGUCAAUUUUAGAAGGCGAUGGAAGAGUAUGAGGUGGAGGAUUGUAUUAGUUGUUACCUUUUUUUUUUGCUGAAUGAUGUAAAUAAAAGUGGUUCUCUCUCAAGGCUAGAUCCUAAAGUUACAAGCGGAGAGAUUUGAGAGCGACUAAAAGCCUUCUCAGAGUGACAAAUGAAGAAUGUGAGCAAUUAUUAUGACAGAGUCCCCAUCUGGAAUGGGGGAGGGCGUGGGAGGGUAUUUUGAACAACACUGAGCAUUGAUGACGUUUCUUCAACUGUGGGUUGGUGGGAUGAACAAACCGUGGUUUCUUAUGGAGGUGAUGAUGAUAUUCUAUUUCAGUAUUUCACUUUCAAGCUCCUCGUUUUGCCCUCGACAAAGCUCAUCAUUGCUGUUUUCUCAACCCUGCAGUGGCAUGUCAUUUAAACCUUAUUUGACAGGGUUGAGAUAUUGGGCUAAGCUGCAUUUUCUUUUUUCCUAAAAGUUUGAUGGGCAGAAGAUGAUGUAUAUUUCUGUAUAGUGUAAGUACCAUGUAAAAUAAUGAGGAGGAGAACAGAGGCUAUCUUGGUCACACAGAUUGAAAGCGGGUGAGCGAUGAACAUGCUGGUCUUGCCCAGUCUGUGUCGUCUAUUUUUAAUGCUGUAUUUUCAAGACUGUGGGUGGACAGGAGUUUAGGUUAUUUAACUGACAACACACAGCCAACCAUACUGUCCAUAUCCCUUACUGCAACUAAAAAAACUCUUAAUGUAAAAUCAUUUUCACUUUGCUAUUUUUAUUUCUGGAGUAUUGCACCUUUUUUAUUUGACAGUGAAAUACUUUUGGAUGAACAAUAUCUUAAAACUCAACAUAAAAAGAAAACCACAAAUACAAACUGUAGAUGUUUUUUUUUUUUCUUUUCUUUCAUUCUAUGUAUCAGUUGUAUGCUCAUGUUCUGUGCAUGUUUCUGCAAAGACCGGAUGAGAUAUUGUAACAUACAUACCACAAUUGCACUUGACAGCUGCACUUCACAACUUUCAAUAAACGUGCUUAAGGAAGAAUAA